AUGACGGAAACACAGCAACCCAUGCUCGAUCCCGGCCACACUUCCACACAUGAGAGAGCAUCCUCUGCACUACGGCGCAUAUUCAAGAAGCAUGAUUUCUGGACUAUUUCCAACACCCUGGCGUUUAUCUAUGUCCUCGCAUCCAUUGCCUUCCCCAUUGCUCUGUUCAUCCCCAUCUCAGGACAGAUCAAAGGAAUCUACGAUACCUGUAGUCCCGAUGGUGAUUUCGAUCGGAAUGCUCCUGAUCUCAAUCCACUCUAUGAUUACUACACGUACGAGGCUGGCUUUUACUACACAAGCUUUGUCCAUCUCUUCUCCAUUCCUAGCCUUGUCACCAUCACCAUCGCCUUUGGAAGGUACAGCUUUGCACAGGCAAAAUGGAUCGAUCUUAUUUGGGACAUCGGCGUCGGGCGAAUCGGCCAAGUUAUCCUGGUGUCCAUCUCAUCUCGCGUCAUCACACGGUCCAUGCUAUACGCAAUGGAAACCCACCCAAUCCCGCAUCAUCUAUUCGUUGGUAUAUCAUUCCAGAAUCAGGCGUCUGCGAAUGCUCUUUGGAGCUUUCUCACUGUCACUCCUAAGCAUCAUCUCUGGAAAGUUUGGAAAGGACGCCUCCUUGUCAUCGCGCUCAUCAUCAUCUAUCUCAUCGCAUUUCCGACCAUUACAAGCGCAAUGACCGGUUACAUCACCACGUUCACUACCAAAAUCAAGAUUGACGACAUAUCUGUUGAUAUUUCCAGCCCAAACCUCGGUACAAUAUUGUUCACGAUCGGGAAUUGCAGUGUGUUUGGCAGGAACGGUACCUGUCACCUCGUAGAGUAUGAAUUGACUAAAAUUGCCGAAACUGGAGAAGUAUACGGUUCAGAUACUGUUCGCGCACUUGAAUUAGGUAAGUAG